CAACACUACAGCUCGGAAACGACCCGUUCUCCAAAAAAACCAAUUUUAAAAAUGGCUCGCCUUUUCGCUGUUGUCGCCUGCUUUUCCGUCCUCGUCGCUUUAGUCGUAGCGCAGGACUUUGACUUUUUCGGCGGUUACCAGUCGUUCAACGCCGCCCCCAGGGACCCGAGGCAAAACAGAGUAGGACCUGUGACUUUCCCCAGCGGGGCACCCGCAUCUCUUGAAACGAGCGGCGUCCGUGUCGGAGCUUCUGGAUACGGAUUCGUCCCCCCAGGCGCACGUGGAGGUAUCGGCCCACACGGAGCAGGACCCAAUGUUUUCAGCGGCUUCCACUUCUGGUAGAUCAUCAUUUCGCAAAUGUCUGUGAUGCCAUUUCAAUCACAUCUCAUCUCUACCUCCCUCUUGUUUCAUCGACCGCAUCUACAACAACAUUUUACUAUAAACUGUCCAGCUUGCUUGACAUUUAGUUUGACUAGGCUUUCAAGAAAAAAAAAGAAAAAAAGAAAAAAAUUGUAUGUACGAAACUUGAGUGAGGCGGCACGAUACUGUUUGUUCCCAUGAAGAAUGAAGCGUGAUUUUUGCUUCAGCUUAUGUUGAGCUGACUAGUCAUAUUUAUAAAAAAAAAACGUGUUCCAUGUAUAUGAAUAGCCAUUCCAGUAUUCACUCAAAACAUUUUGAAAUUAUUUAUUCAAAAUUUCUUUUUGUCGCGUUUAAUUUCUUUUCUCAACUUUUGUUGUAACUUAUUUAUCUAAUUGUAAUUUAUUUACUGCAUGUGUUUAAAUGUGAAGAAUGUGGAAAUUCCACUCAAUGGAAUUGUAAUUUGUCUUUUGUGCUCAAAUGUUUGAACUAAUUGUUUUAAUGUUAUUCAUAAAAUUGUAAAAAUAACUUGUUUUCAGAAUCUAGUCUGAAGAAAUCAAGUUAAAAAUAAAAAUUACAUAUAUAAAAAAAUUGCUUAAUUUUUAUUCAUACAAACCUGUAUUGCCAUUAUUGGGGGGAAAGUUCAAGUACG